AUGUUGUCACCAAUCUCACACUUGCCAUUUGUAGUUCUCAUAUUAUCCGUUUCAGUAGCAACUUCAGCGACACAUCAAGAAAGUUUUGUCCAAUGUCUCAACUUGAAUUCGGACAAAACAUUUCCAUUUAACUCGUUAAUCUACACUCCAAACAAUCCUUCAUUCACCAGCGUCCUUGACUCCUCUGGCCAGAAUCGCAGGCUUUUGGUGUCUUCAGCACCAAAACCUAAGUUUAUAUUCACACCCACCCGUGAUUCCCAUGUUCAAGCAGCAGUAAUUUGCUCCAAGAAACUUGGGAUUCAUUUUAGAGUGUUAAGUGGUGGCCAUGACUUUGAAGGGAUCUCAUACGUUUCCGAAAUUGGAGGAGUAUUCAUAGUCAUUGACUUGAUCAAGCUCCGUGAAAUAAACGUUGAUAUCAAAAGCAACACUGCUUGGGUUGAGGCUGGUGCCACAAACGGUGAAGUGUACUAUAGAAUAUAUGAGAAGAGUUCAGUUCAUGGUUUCCCUGCAGGGGUUUGCACAAGCUUAGGAAUUGGAGGGCACAUUACAGGAGGAGCAUAUGGAACCAUGGUGAGAAAAUAUGGCCUAGCGGUGGAUAAUGUCUUAGAUGCUAAAAUUGUCGAUGCCAAUGGAAGAAUUCUUGAUAGGGAAGCCAUGGGGGAAGACUUAUUUUGGGCAAUCAGAGGUGGUGGAGGUGGAAGCUUUGGUAUCCUGCUUUGGUGGAAGAUUAAGUUGGUUCCUGUGCCCUCAACUGUUACAGUUUUUACAGUUAACAAGACCCUUGAGGAAGGUGCAACCAAGCUUCUUCAAAGAUGGCAGGAAGUGGCACCCUAUGUUGAUCACAACCUCUUUAUCAGAGUACUCAUUCAAAGAACACAGAAAACUAUCACAACUCUUUACAAUGCUCUUUUCCUUGGUGAGGCCAGAGAACUUCUUAAAAUCAUGAAGACAAGCUUCCCUGAGUUGGGCUUGAGAAGAAACGAUUGCUUGGAAACUAGCUGGAUCAAAUCUGUGCUAUAUUUUUCAAACUUUCCAAGUGGUACUAAUCCUGAAGUUCUGCUUCGAGGAAAGUCACUAGUCAAGACCUUCUUCAAGGGAAAAUCAGAUUUUGUAAGAGAACCGAUACCAGAAACCGGGCUCGAGGGGCUGUGGCAAAGGGUGCUUGAAGACGAUAGCUCCUUGAUUAUAUGGAGCCCAUAUGGUGGAAGCAUGAACCAGUUUUCAGAAUCUGACACCCCUUUUCCUUACAGAAAUGGAACAAGGUUCAUCAUUCUUUACUUGUCUGCUUGGCAAGAGGGUGACAAGAAUGCUGCAAAGCACAUAGAUUGGAUUAGGAACGUUCACAACUACAUGGUUCCUUAUGUGUCAAGCUUCCCAAGGGGACAAUAUGUGAAUUACAGGGAUCUUGAUUUGGGAGUAAACACCAAGAAUAGCACAAGCUACAGGGAGGCAAGUGUCUGGGGUUAUAGGUAUUUCAAGAACAACUUCGACAGGUUGGUAAAGAUUAAGACCAAAGUUGAUCCUCAAAACGUCUUCAGGCAUGAGCAGAGUGUCCCACCACUUCCAGUGUGA